GCUAACAAGUUCUAAAUUGUAUUGCAUAUAAUUUUAGACCGAAAUGCUAUAUCCCGAUGCACCACCCAAUGCAAUUGAACUUUUCAAGGAGUGCCAUCUUAGCAAAAAGAAAGGCCUUGCUGAGCCAGUCCAGAAGGCUAUUGAUGACAUGAACGCUAUUAUGGCAGCUCCAGUUGAAGAUGAACAGCAACCCAAUACUGCAAUUGAAGCAGUUUCUCAAGUUCUACCAUCAAGUAAAUUCCUUCAAAAUGUAGGCCUUCAGCCAGCCUUGAAGAAAAGAUCUAGCCGAGCUGAAACUUUGCGUGUGCAAGAGCUUGAAGCGCAACUUGAGAAGGAGAAACAAGACAAAGAGGAACUUCGACAAAAGCUUGAUGGUCAGCAACAAGAGAUAGACAACCUAAAGAAACAGUCAGAAGAAGCAAAACAAAAGCAUCUAGAAGAUGUUGGAGAUCUCAAGAAGCAAUUAGAAGAAAACAAUGCUCUCCUUUGUGGUUUGAUCAGCUUCAAUCAGAGUCAGUGAUAGGUGAAUACUUAUCCCUAACGUGGUUUAUGCUUUCAUGGGACUAUGGUAUUUUGGGAAUAUUAUAGCUAACUUUGGAUCUAGGAGUUGAUGUGUCCAGAUGUGAACACUAGGUCCUUUUUGGCUUGAAGUGCCAUACUGCUCUGCUGUUUUGUGAACUUGUUGGCUGCCAAAUGUGCAAAAUGUGAAGAUCCUGUUAUGUGUGUGGAUCUAGAUGGUGGUUGUCAUAUUUUGUGAGAUGGUUCUGUUGGUGGAAUAUAUGGAUUAUUGCUAUGUCAAUGAACUAUUGAACUGUGAUAAUAUUAUGUGAAUGAAGUAUGGUUAUGUUAUUCUA